AUGCGGGUUGCUGUUCUUUACCAAGCACUAGAGCCCCCCAUCAUUAAUGGUGUUCGUAAACCGAAGAAACCAGGCGGCUACCAGGACUCCGGUGCUGAUAUAGGGUUUAAUCUAAGCCAAUGCGAGGAUGUGGAAGUUGUGACUCCUUCUGCGAGCCCCAACGCCGCCAAUGAUGGUGAUUGGUGCUUUCCCGAUACCGAGGAAGGAAUUUUGGAUGCCAUUUCCAAGGGUGCUACGUACCUCUGGGCAAACACCAUCGUUUUUGCUUCCCAUCCUUUACAGACAUCCUCUCGCCUAAAAGACUACGAAGAGCGUCUUCGAGUUGUUGGCCAGGGGCCAUUGGUUGUGGACAAGUACGACGACAAGGAGUUUGUCAACAGUUACCUCCGCGCGCUCGGCGGCUUCACGAUGCCCCGUAGUUUUACUGUCCCUUCCAUGUCGAGUAUCUCUUCCGAGAUUGGUCAGCUCUCAUAUCCGGUGGUCGUGAAGCCAAUUCGAGGCCGGGGCAGCUAUGGCGUCAAGGUCUGCCACAAUAUGGAACAACUCCAAGAACACGCCCAGGGCCUCUCCAGCGAGUCAAUGGCAUUUAUGAUUGAAGAGUUUCUUCAAGGAGAGGAGGCAACAGUUACAGUAAUGCCUCCUACUCAGGAUGGUCAGGGCUAUCGAGCUCUUCCGAUCGUCUCACGCUUUAAUCACCAAAACGGCAUUGCACCAUACAACGGUGUCGUUGCUAUCACCACAAACUCAAAGCUUGCUGAAGACGCUGCUAUCAAUCCCACAUACGCCAAACUCUCCGUGGAAUGCGAGCGUGCCGCACGUGUUCUAGGUUUGACUGCGCCUAUCCGCAUCGACGUCCGCCGCUUCAAGAAUACAGCAGACUCACCAUUUGCCCUGUUUGACGUCAACAUGAAACCGAACAUGACUGGCCCAGGUCGACCAGGUCGUGAUGAUCAGGCCAGUCUGUCGCUCAUGGCCGCCAAUGGCCUUGGUUGGGAUUACAAGGAGUUCCUGAGACGCAUUUUGGAGACUUCUAAGUCCUUGAAGACUUUGAGGAGCUUAAAGCCCGUAAAUGGGAAGAGUGAGGCGUGA